CAAAACGCACAGCAAAACAUUGCACUGAAAUCUGAAGAUAAACAAGUAUCUAUCACGCUACCAUGUCCGCACACGCCGACAAUCACCAUCACGAGACGGAGAAUUCGCAGGCCAGCGACACUCAGCAAGCAGAUUCCAACCAUGGGUCUGACAACGAUGGCCAGCAGCAUCCCCCAAAGAACCCUACUCCAAACUGGAAUUUUGUCCAGCGUCAGGUGCAGGCACGUGUGGCAUUUCUUGAGGGCAUGAUUGGGGUUCCCGGUUGUGAGGAUCUAUUAAGACAGGGCAUGAUCCGUCUUAAGAAUGACUUGGGCGGUCCAUGUCUAAACGAAGACGACCUUGCAUCACCGGCUGCCUGUUAUGCAUGGUUGUCCGUGAACGAGAACGACUCAGAUGCUGUUAUCGCUGAGGCAGCAGUAAACCGUGCAAGAGAAACACUUGGUGACUGCUGCCAACUCAUCCAGGUUGUCAAAGCUAUCGCAAACUUCAGACAAAGUUACGACCUCAAGACCUGGCUCUCGCUACAACUGACCCUGUUUGUUCACCAAGAGAGGACGAAAGAGAAUUGGCAUCUUGAUCAGUUCAAGGAGGUUGCGACCGAACUCAAUACAGUCAGAACAAACGAUCAGGUAUAUGUUCCCUUCAACUUAUGGGACCCCGUUGCACGUGAGUAUGUCCAAACUCCAUGGGAUGCAGUCUGCGCCCUCUUUGCAUAAGAAUUCUAUAUCACUGGUACUGAGGCCCACAUCGUUGGGAAACUGAUUCUAGGGCACAUGGAAAGAGAACAGGAGAUUAUAGUUGGGCCUGGUGUUUCUUUAGCACUUCAUGUAUCGAAAUUGCUAUCACAAUUUACGAGGUCCUCUAAGGAUC